AAAAAAAAUAAAAAAAUAAAAAAAGCACGUUCCCAUCUCUCUCUCUCUCUCUCUCUCUCUCCCCCUCUCCGUGUCUCUGUGUCCGACUCUGCGACCACCACCACCGUCGUCACCUACACAGCGGCCGCGACCACCACCACCACCACCACUUUCACUCAGUCUCUCUCUUUCUCUCUCUCUCUCUUUUAUAUCUGGUGAUAGACACGAUUCAUUCAUGCCACUCUCCUUUUCAGAGCUCUCUCUGAAACACAUACCUCAAAAGUCUCAAUAAAGCUGGAGACAGAGGGGGGGAGAGAGGGGAAGCAGGAGCAGUAGCCAUCAUCAUCUCUCCCUCUCUCUCUCUCUCUCUGCUCUCACAUUCUCCGCUUCAGCGAUAAUUCAUUCUCAUUUCCACCUUCUCUCUCUCCGUUGCAUUUCCAUACUGCUGAUCACGUUCAGCGAAUCUGCUGCAGUCAUUUGUUCUCUUGGCAUUGAUCGGCGUCUGAAACAGCUCGGGCAGUUCUCUGAGUUGCCGUAUCGUGCAGAUCUUUUUCGCCGCUGCAAUUUAGGAACCAAUCAGUCAGUCGAGCCUCAGUUUUUAACAUUACAUGUUCUGUCUCGUCUCAAGAAGGCAACAACCACGAAAUACAGGAGAUGUCUAAUGCCACAAAACUCUUGGACCCUGCUUUUCAUGGAGCUGGCCAGAGAGUUGGGACGGAAAUUUGGCGUAUUGAGAACUUUCAACCAGUUCCUUUGCCGAAGUCUGAAUAUGGGAAGUUUUACAUGGGGGAUUCUUACAUAGUAUUGCAGACCACGCCUGGUAAGGGAGGUGCUUAUCUGUAUGAUAUACAUUUCUGGAUUGGAAAAGACACAAGUCAGGAUGAAGCUGGAGCAGCAGCAAUUAAAACGGUUGAACUAGAUGCAGUGCUGGGGGGUCGCGCUGUGCAGCACCGGGAAAUUCAAGGGCAUGAAUCUGACAAAUUUCUAGCCUAUUUCAAACCUUGUAUUAUACCACUGGAAGGGGGUGUGGCAUCUGGUUUCAAGAAAGCCGAGGACGAAGUCUUUGAAACUCGCUUGUAUGUUUGCAAGGGAAAAAGAGUUGUCAGACUGAAGCAGGUCCCUUUUGCUCGGUCCUCUUUGAAUCAUGAUGAUGUAUUCAUUCUAGACUCUGAGCAUAAGAUCUACCAGUUCAAUGGUGCCAAUUCAAACAUUCAGGAAAGGGCCAAGGCCUUGGAAGUGAUUCAGUUUCUUAAGGAAAAGUAUCACGAGGGAAAGUGUGAUGUUGCAAUCGUUGAUGAUGGGAAGUUAGAUACUGAAUCGGACUCGGGCGAAUUCUGGGUCCUUCUUGGUGGUUUUGCUCCAAUAGGGAAGAAAGCUUCCAGCGAAGAUGAUGUUGUUCCAGAGAAAAUUCCUGCUAAAUUAUAUAGCAUUGUUGAUGGUGACUUGAAGCUUGUGGAAGGUGAACUAUCUAAGAGCUUGUUGGAGAAUAACAGAUGCUACCUUCUUGAUUGUGGAGAUGAGAUUUUUGUUUGGGUUGGCCGGUUAACACAAGUGGAUGAGAGAAAAGCUGCCAGCCUAUCUGCUGAGGAAUAUAUUACCAGCCAAAGUAGGCCCAAGUCCACACGCAUAACCAAGGUAAUUCAGGGUUAUGAGACUCAUGCAUUCAAGUCCAACUUUGGUUCUUGGCCACUGGGAUCUGUGAAUUCUGGUGCUGAAGAAGGCAGAGGAAAAGUAGCAGCUUUGUUGAAGCAACAAGGUGUUGGGCUAAAGGCCUUAGCCAAAGCUGCUCCCGUGAUCGAAGAAGUGCCGCCCUUGCUUGAAGGAGGUGGAAAGAUGGAGGUGUGGCGCAUAAAUGGCAGUGCGAAGACUCCAUUACCCAACGAGGAGAUUGGUAAAUUUUAUAGCGGAGAUUGCUACAUCACACUUUACACAUAUCAUGCUGGUGACAGGAAAGAAGAUUACUUUUUAGGCUGCUGGAUUGGAAAGGACAGUCUUGAGGAAGACCAAAAGAUGGCUGCUCGACUGGCUAACACAAUGUGCAACUCAUUGAAGGGUAGACCUGUUCAGGGUCGUGUAUUUCAAGGGAAAGAGCCACCCCAAUUUGUUGUUCUUUUUCAGCCUAUGGUUGUCCUUAAGGGUGGUAUGAGCUCUGGUUACAAGAAAUUUAUAGCAGAUAAAGGUUUGACUGAUGAAACAUACACACAAGAAUGCGUUGCACUCAUACAGAUAUUGGGGACAGCCAUUCAUAACAAUGUAGCUCUCCAAGUUGACGCUGUGGCAGCAUCCCUGAACUCUAACGGGUGUUUCCUUCUGCAAUCUGGAUCUUCUGUUUUCACCUGGCACGGAAAUCAGAGCACAUAUGAGCAGCAGCAACUUGCUUUGCAAGUUGCAGAAUUUCUAAAGCCUGGAGUUAGUCUUAAACAUGCUAAGGAAGGAACAGAGAGUUCAUCUUUCUGGUUUCCGCUUGGGGGAAAGCAAACUUACAUCAGCAAAAGAAUUGUUCAAGAGACUGUUAGAGAUCCCCACUUGUUCACGUUCUCAUGCAGCAAAGGAAAAUUUGAGGUCGAAGAAGUUUAUAACUUUUCCCAAGAUGAUCUGUUGACUGAGGAUAUCUUAAUCCUCGAUACACAAGCCGAAGUAUUUGUUUGGGUUGGGCAGUCAGUGGACUCCAGAGAAAAACAAAUUGCCUUUGAAUUUGGUCAGAGAUAUAUUGAUAUGGCCUCUUCUCUUGAGGGCCUGGCUCCAAAUGUACCGCUCUAUAAAGUCACUGAAGGAAAUGAACCAUGCUUCUUCACAACAUACUUCACAUGGGAUUCUGCAAAAGCUAAUGUUCAAGGAAAUUCAUUCCAGAAGAAGGCAGCCUUACUUUUUGGUGUCAACCAUGCAACUGAGAACCAGGAUAAGUCCAAUGGUAGCCGAGGAGGACCAACUCAGAGGGCUUCAGCUUUAGCAGCAUUAUCUUCUGCAUUUAAUCCUUCCUCCGGGAAGUCACCCUCUGCGGACAAGUCCAAUGAUUCAACUGAAGGUGGACCGAGGCAGCGAGCAGAAGCUUUAGCUGCUUUAAACUCUGCAUUCAAUUCUUCACCCAUUUCCAAGCCAUCUCCUCCAAAGCCAUCUGGGACAAGUCAGGGAUCGCAGAGGGCUGCUGCUGUUGCAGCUCUUUCUUCGGUUCUAACAGCUGAAAAGAAGUCACCCGAGACAUCUCCUAUGAGAUCUAGCAGAAGUCCUCCCCCAAAAAUCACCCCUCCAGCUGAAACAAAAAUCGAAAAGCCUCCUUCAGAACCCGAAGAAGAUCCUCGAGAGAUCCUGGAUGAGGACAAUGAGAAGGAUGCAGCUGUUCCAAAAUUAGAAAGCAACAUCGAGGAUAAAAAACUGGAACAAGAGCCUGCAGAAGUCGAGAAUGGCGGUGAAAGCAGUAUAACCGUAUUCAGUUAUGAUCAGCUUAAGGCCAAGUCCGAUAAUCCAGUGACAGGAAUCGAUUUCAAACGAAGAGAGGCCUACUUAUCGGAUGAGGAGUUCCAGACCAUCCUGGGAAUGACCAAAGAAGCGUUCUACAAGUUGCCAAAAUGGAAGCAGGACAUGUACAAGAGGAAGGCAGACUUGUUUUAGGCUUCCGAACUAUUUCGCUCCUCAUUUUGUGGGAGAAUUACGGGUUCCUUUAUUAGUAGACUGAGCCCGGAGUUACAGUGAUUAUCCUUGUUGCCCCACCGGUGGUUCUGUAGUGUUUUUUUUAUAGAAGAAAGUGGUGUGCAGACGGUGAUGCCUCGGAAGAGUGAUUCUUUUUGUUCCUCUCUUCUCAAAAGAAGACUGCUGCUGUCUUUUGUCCUGUCAUCGUGGGGAGGAUAUUUAUCGUUCUCCGAUCCACAAACACGGCAGCAGGCAAUGCCUGAAUUCUUUUGUUUCAGCUCUAUUAUUGAUUUUAUGCAGAAAUGAUUGUAAAUGAAACGCAUUUGAUACUUACCAGCAAUAUUAUCAGGGGCCUUUGAAUAUGUUCCUGCUUUUGUA